AUGUUGGUUGACGUCUGUUAUGCUCCUCUUCGCUCGCAGGUCAUCAACGUCAAUUUAUCUUCGGCGUUUUACAUUGCCAAGGCGGCUGCUCAACACAUGAUCGCUACUUCCCCUUCUUCUAGUACUGGGAGGCGAGGAGGCAAGAUCAUUUUGCUCGGCUCCCUCCUUACGUUCCAGGGCGGCCUCACCGUGCCCGCCUACGCGGCUGCCAAAGGUGGAAUUGGCCAACUCACCAAAUCGCUUAGCAAUGAGCUUUCAAAGGAGAGCAUUAAUGUCAAUUGUGUCUGCCCUGGGUACAUCAAGACGGACAUGAACGAGGCCUUGCUCAAAGAUGAGAACAGAAUGAGGGAUCUGAAUGCGAGGAUACCAGCUGGGAGGUGGGGUGUCCCCUGGGACUUUGCAGGGCCGGUCGUCUGGCUCGCGAGUGAGGCCAGCAAGUACGUCUGCGGCGA